UUAUUAAAAGUUUGUUGAAAUUCUUAAAAUACCCCACCAAUCUCCAAAAUAAGGACUAAUACCAUUAUCUACUAAAAAAGGAAAGAAAAUAUCCCAUCAUGACAUGAAAUCUCAUUUGUUUUAUUCGCAGCGUUGCAAGUGCAAAAGAACACGACACGACACGACAACAUCCUUCUAUAACCGAUUGGUCUUUAUUUGUUCUUCUCCUUCCUUUCCAUGGUAGUAUUUCAAUCCCUACUAAUAAUGGAAAGCUCAGCAAUCCCCUGCAAAAAGAUUGAUCAAAUUCAGGAAGCUAUCCAUCAACUUAUUGAAUCUAAACAACCCUCAGCCACCCUAACCUCCAUCAAUGGCGUUGAUGAUGAACAUCAACAACUUAUCAAAUUGAUUUCUCAGUUAGAAUCCCUGAAAGAAGAUGAACUCGUGAUCCAAUCAGAAUCCAUGGUUGAACUGAAAUCGGUGCCUGCUGAUGAAGUAGAAACAAAGAUCGAUAACGAAACCGAGACUUUGAAAGAAGACAUAGAAAUCAGAGCAGAAGAUGUCAAUAAACGACUGAAGAAAAUCGAGAAACAAAACAAAACUACUCAUUGGUUGCUUUCGGCUCUAAUUGUUCUUACGAUAGCUUGGCAAGCCUCAGAGGUCUCCCUUUUACUAAAGCUGAAAGAAGGCUUUUCUCAUCCAUUAAAAUCGUUCACGAACAUGGUGGUCGGAAUGAUCAAACGUCCGAAACCAAUCAAGGAAGAAAGCGACACAAAAUCUUUGUUAACAAAGGUAAAUGAUAGCAUGGACAUAUCAGGGUUAAUAAAUGGUGAUGAAGCAUGAUGGUGUUGAUUUAGCUCUGUUCACUGUCAAACAUUGGUUUUUCUGUACAAGUUUUAUUGUACAUUGAUCAGGAAACUUGUAUGCCAAUUGCGUUUUUUGAUGAUUUAUGAGUAUCUUUUGCAAGCACCGAAAGAAAUGCAGAUAAAUACUUUUUUGAAAUACAAGAUUGGAUGAUUUGCAAUUUUUGAAAUCAGUCUAAUUCAAGUCACGUACUUUGAUUAUUAUGGCCAUAUUAUUGGAAUUGUUAUAAAAUCAUAAUUCAAUGCUUAAAAAUUUCAACACAUUUGUUUAAGUCAUUAAGGAUUAGGGGCCAAAAGUUACUUUAAACGCACUAUAAUAAGGGUAAU